AUGCCUCCGCGUCGGGUUGCUCGCUCGGUGAGCAGGAAAAGCGCGCCUUUGUCGCCUCCGCCGCGUGCAUCGUCGCCGGGUUCGGCCCACUUGGUAAGCCGUAACCUACGUGUGACCAGAUCCGCAAGCCGAGAAGUCAUCAUUGCCCAACAUCAAUUGCCAGUGCAAGACACUACUGAACCUUUGUCCACUCUCAGCGAGGAAGCAAACCCUAGACAGGAUGAGGGCCUCAGCGAUCAACGAUCGUCUUCCCUUGAACCAAGUUCUCAAGGAUCUGACUUGAUCAGUCUAGCCGAGCGGCUAGACAGAGACGCGAUAAUCGAAGAUCUCGACCUGCUAUACAGGGAUUCCCAGGACGUGCUCAAGUUUUUUGAGCGACGCAACAAUGUCGCAUUGCGUCAAUUGCUUGCGCAAUUGGAGGUGCCUAACUCAUCUCAACGGAAACAGUUUGACAAACGCGAUAAGAGAUUGUUGGCCAGCAUGGACUCUUACGGGUCAUCUCCAUACAUUGAGGUUGGCCAAAUGCUCUAUAUCCUAGUUGGAGAGAGCAACCCGCAACUUGUGGAUCAAGGACCAUGGCGACCGGAUCCCAUUUUCUAUCUGACCAAUCUGGCGCAGCAGCUGUGCGCGGUGCUUAGCGAACAUUUCGAGGACCCUCUCGACUGUGUACAAUACAUGUACAACAAGUUCCCAAGCCCUUUUGCAGACAGCGUCUUCUUUCCGAUAGGGGAGGGCCUUCUCGAGCGAACAGUCGACAUGGAUGUUACAAUACUUACUCACGCCUUUAUCCGCGCGGUGGAGGUCAAAAAGUCAAACGAAGGAGUUCCUGACCUUGACCCGCGUGAAGUCCUUGAGGAGACAUUUUUGGAGGAUCACACGCCCAGGAGCGUCUUUGAGCACUCUAGUACUCGACGCAAGAUUGCAGAGCGCAAAGAGUUGAUCAGGUGUUAUUUCCGGGGCAAUGACCUGGACUCAGUCGACGUCGAAGGUUUGCACAGAGACUUUCCGUGGUCGGAGUUUGUGUUUCAGGUGGCCAAAUGGAGCAUGGCUCGUAAACAGGAGCUGGAUGAACUGAUUACUGCUCGUGGUGGCGUUGACACCAUUAAGCGGAUGCUUUCUGCCAUUGGGUCCGAGGACACUGUGGAAGUGGCUGAAGAAGCACGUUCAGAGCCCAAGACUGCUACCAGUCAUCAGCGAGACAGGUCCAUCUCUGAACUUGGGGUAGUUGAGACAGUCCAGCGGCGAGGAAGUCCGGCCGGUCCUUCAACCGGCAACAAGCUCAGCUCGAGGUACAACAGAUUGAAAGCCCUCAGAGCAACCCACGCGGCCGAUGUGUCAGGCGCCGACAUAAGUCUAGCCAUGGUUUCUGAAACGGAGUCCGCUCGAGUGAUACCAGAGUCGCCGACCGCUGCGGAAAACGGAGAUAGCUUGCCCCAGAACCAUGAUGAGAGCGAUGCACAAAACUGGCGCCCAUUGGAAGCUUCACCCGAAGGCAAUGACCGCGAUGACGAUAAUAGCAUCGAUGUUCGGCAGGCCGACCUUAUACUGGAGAUUGUUGGUCGACAUAAAGCUUUGAGCGAGAAAGAAAAUAAGAAGGUUACUCCUAAAAAGAGGUCUUUCCUGGAUCCACAAGAAGGUGCCGAAAAGAUUCCAUGGGAGGAAGCCGAUGAAGACGACCCACCUCCUCCCCGUCGAGCCCAGAAGCGACCGAGAGCAAUGACUGCAUCUUCCGAGGACGAGGAAGAUGGCUUUCAGACGGAUCAGAGGGGUUUGGAUAGCGCUUCACUUCCUGAUACCCGAGACAUCCUUGCCGAGUCUCGUCAGAACCGAAACCGGAGACAAUCCAGUACAGCUGGAGAUGCCGGUCAAGAUGCGGACGAGCAAGCCGACGAGCAAGCCGAAGACGAGAUAGUCGAGUUCCCAUCGCCUACGCAGCCAUCCAACCAUCAGGGGUUGCAUAGCACUGCACGCGCUCCUGAUCGUGUCCCUCCUUCAACCGCACCACAACCACAACGACAGCCACUGGCAGCACAGUCGAGAACACAACGAUCCCCCCGUGCUGUGAGUAAUCCGCCCGGAUUUAGAGAGUUACCGCCCAGUCUUGAAGCUCCACCAAACCCACAUCGCCCUCCUCCCUCUACGGCACCUGUUCGUCCCGGACCAGGUAUGCCAUACUCUAACCAAGAGCCACCUCGGUCGCAGAUAGCCCAGGUCAACCAAGAAGCCAAGCUCACAACGCGGCUGGCACGAGAAGUGUACAACCCGCUGGACAUACAGAUCCGCAGACCAUAUACUGAUGCCGAAGUCGACCGCCUGAUGGAGUUGGUAGCAUUGUAUGGGCCAAAGUGGGCCUUAAUACUCAAGAAGGACCGUGACCAUCCGGAUGGUCCGCUGCUGCAGAACCGGACCCAGGUUCAGUUGAAGGACAAGGCCCGAAACAUCAAGUUGGAUUUCUUAAAAGCUCGACGCCCUCUUCCUCCCCGCUUUGAACUCGUCAGCAUCGGCUCCCGCCAAGUCGCCAUGCUGCAACAGCUCGGCAUCGACGUCCACGAAAGCCGUCACAUUCCAGAAGAUGGAUAA